GUUACAGCCAAUGGGAGUGAGAGAGAGGCGCGCCUAGCCAAUCAGAAGGAAGGGUCACUUCCGGAGCCAAUGAAGAACGCGUAACAGGGAUUGGCCUGGAAGAUGAAGCGCUAAGGUUCCUGCGCCGGGUGGCUCGAGAGUGGACCAGGCAUGCCAGGGGCAUCCAUGACAUGCGUGAGUCAGUGACCCCAGACAGCAGUCAGAAGAGAAGAACACUUCUCCAGUUCCUGAGCAGUUACUUCCACGACAUUGAGGUUCUGAGGGAGUACUUACUGCGGAUGGAGAUACACAAGAUGCACUGGAAAAAUCGACCCGUCAGCAGCAUCCAGGAGAAAUAUGGCCCGUCCAUCGCAGGGGCCCUCUUCGUUCUGAAGCAAGGAGGCUCAGUCAAGUUUCGCGACAAGGAGUGGAUCCGGCCAGAUGGGCGUGGCCGCUUCUCUUCCGAGUUCUUGGAGUUCCAGGGAGUGCCAGUGGAGGCCGUGGAUGCCAGCGGCUGUGCCAUCAACUACCAGGGCCUGGACCACCUCCUGCCCCUGAAGGAGCUGCGCUCUCUGCGGCUGCGGCGCUGCCCCAACGUGGACGACUGGUGUCUCGGCCGCCUCCACCCGCUGGCCGGCUCCCUGCAGGAGCUCUCGCUGGCCGGGUGCCCACGCAUCUCGGAACGGGGCCUGGCCUGCCUCCACCACCUCCAGAACCUCCGCAGGCUGGACAUUUCAGACCUCCCCGCUGUGUCCCACCCAGGCCUCACCCAGAUCCUGGUGGAGGAGAUGCUGCCACACUGUGAGGUCCUGGGGGCUGACUGGGCCCAGGGUCUGACGUUGCGGCGUGAGGAACAGCCUCGGGACACAGGCAGCCCCGUCUCUGCCUAGCCUGCAGCCCCGCUCUGGUGUGUGUUGUGGAGCUCUGUAAGGCCUGAUCGGUCCCCAUGGUCAGGUGUUCAGUGGGGUUCAUUCAGCAUGGGAGGGCGGGCAGAUCAGAGGCAAGGAGAGGGUGUGUAGACUCCUGGCUGCCUGUCCCCAGUGGGCACAACUCUGGUCCUAGGAGACUCUACCACGUUCUCCACGCGGGACUGCACAGUUCCCUGCCUGUUCCGCGCACCCGUCAAGAGGCCUCCGCAGACUGUCUACGUUUGAGCAUGUGUCCAUCUGCUGGGAUCUGGCCUGACAUAGGCUCCCACUGGUCCUUUCCAGUGACAGCUGAUCCCUGCACGGGACUGGUCAAUGCUGCAGGUGGCUGGAGUUGUUGGCCAGUGUGCACUAAAGGCCUGAAGCACCCCAGGUCUCGCGGCAUUGUGCAUCUGACCUGUGUGUUUUGACGUCAGCUCCAAAUUUCGUGGGUUAUUUUUUCCCUGCUCCGAAAACGGAGCGGGCUUUGGGAAUAUUGUUUUCCCCAUGGCACAGCUGGUUUCAUCAGCAGAGGGCGCUGGGGCGCCAACCAUAUGGAGUUCACAGCCUACAGCUCAGCCGGGCGUCUGGGAGCUGCGAGGCACUGGUUCCCCAACUGCAGCGCUCCGUGGCCCGCAGCCGACCCUGGCACCCCUGCCUUGGCUGCUUCAUGGGCAGUGUCCCCAUGGAGGCUCUGCUCUCUCAGGGAACCUGUCAUAGUCCUGACUCACCCAUGAAGCUAAUUCUAUUAAACUUUUCAUGUUCCGUUA